AAAAUCGUAUUCAUAGUUCUCUGCUUGUACCCCCAGUCGUCACGAGCACGCGUACGCGCUCAAUUCUCUGCAAAAACCUAGCAUCAUCCCCUCGAGUUCUGGGCAGAGGAAGAUUUAUCGUAGAAUUCAUAGAGCCCAUUUCAAAUCCUAAGGAAUGUUCUACAGAGGUAAAUAUAUUGACAGUGGAGAUGCACGAGAGAUGGGUUUUAAACGGCAGCGAUUGAUGGAUCAGGGCUCUUCAUAUUAUGGAGCUCCUCCUGGUCCGAGUUACAUGUACAAUACUCCACCUCCACCGCCUCCAGUAUAUUCAUAUGUUCCCCCGCCUUUCCCUGUUGUUCGACUUCGAGGUCUUCCAUUUGAUUGUGCAGAAUCUGAGAUCGCUGAUUUCUUCCAUGGUUUGGACAUUGUUGAUGUCUUGUUUGUCCGUAAGGGUGGCAAGUUCACUGGGGAAGCUUAUUGUGUAUUGGGUUAUCCUCUUCAAAUGGAUUUUGCUCUACAGAAAAAUAGGCAAAAUAUUGGUAGGAGAUAUGUUGAAGUUUUCCGAAGCAGAAAGGAAGAGUACUACAAGGCAAUAGCCAAUGAAGUUUUUGAUGCUCAAGGUGGUUCGCCUCGUCGUGGUGCCCCAAGAGCGAGAUCUUAUGAUGAGAGCAAGGACUUGGCUGAAUAUAAAGGGGUGUUGCGGUUGAGGGGGUUGCCAUUCAAUGCCAGCAAGGAGGACAUUAUGGAUUUCUUCAAGGAUUUUGUACUUUCUGAAGAGAAAAUUCAUAUGAUAGCUAACUCAGAAGGAAGACCGACUGGGGAAGCAUUCGUGGAGUUUGCAAGUCCUGAGGAUUCAAGAGCUGCAAUGGCUAAGGAUAGGAUGACGCUGGGCUAUCGCUAUAUAGAGCUUUUUCCUUCAUCUCACGAGGAAUUGGAAGAGUCAGCUUCAAGGGGCAGGUUAUUACCUAAAUCGUACGAGGGGAAGGAGCUAACUGAACUAACAUCUGUAUUGCGAAUGAGGGGAUUGCCAUUUUCAGCUGGCAAAGAUGACAUAAUCGAGUUCUUUCAGAAUUUUACUUUGUUAGAAGAUUCAAUUCAUAUUACCUACAAUUACGAGGGAAGACCUACAGGGGAAGCUUUUGUUGAGUUUGCAAGUAUGGAUGAUGCAAAAGCAGCAUUGGCUAAGGAUAGGAUGACGCUUGGAAGUCGUUAUAUAGAGCUAUUUCCAUCAUCAGUUGAAGAGAUGAAUGAAGCAAUUUCAAGGGGACGCUGAAAAUUUCAGCCUUGUUUUUUGUUGUGUACUUUGAUAUCCUCAAUGCCACUAAAUGUAUGAAAUUUGUGCUUUAGUCUUUAGCUAAAAUAUGAGGAUUACUCGGAAAAUAGAUGCCAUUACUCUUGAAUUUUGAUACUUAUUUGCAGCUGCUAUGUGCCCUCUUAUCUUGACUAUUGAUUGGUGUAUGCAUUUAGAUGGUUGUUUAAAUUCCAUAAUUCGAACCUACAA